AAGGCCGUGUCCAUUUUCUCAAAGGUCUCCUCGGCCUGCUCAAAGAAACCAAAGACAAUGGAUUUACUGAAUUCACGGUCAUCCUCACUAUCGUCCAUCUCUAGAAUCUGACUAAAAGUCACGAUGUCGAUCGCAUCCCCAAGGUCUGGUAGGUUGCUGGUGUCAUGAACAUCAUCGCUCUGAUCGUUAGUAGGCAUGAUGCCAGGCCGUACUGCUGUAAGAGAAGGGCUCAGAUGGGCGUAGCGGAAGAUAGCAAGUAGUAAAAUUGGGCGAAUAUGCCUUGGGAGAAAGGUCGUGUGGGAUGGUUCUGAAAAAAAAAACCGCGGUGACUUUAACCACUCUAGUGUUGUCGAAGAAUAUUUAGGUGGGGUCUGUUUCGGUAGGAAGGGGGAAGUGAUGGUGAUGGGUAAUUCUAAUGGUAAUGGUAAUGGUAAUGGUAACGAGUGAUGGAUAUGGUAUGGUUAUGGUUAUGGUUAUGGGUUAUGGAUUACUAUGGUAGUAUGUAUGGAUUAUUGGGUUAUGGGUUCAAAUGGGUUAUGGAUUAUGGGCUACAUAUGUGCUAUGUGCUAUGGGCUUUGGGCUAUGGGCUAUGGGCACGGAGUAUGUCAGUUGGUGUAUGUCGGUGGUGUCGGUGGUGUCAGUGGGUGAUGGGGCAGCAGGUCGCACACAGUGUAUGCAUUUAUUUGCUUAAAAGUCGAGAUUAUUCGCUUGUCGGCAUCUAUGCCGAAUAAUAAUAAUAUACAUGUAUUGUACUUACUUGCGCUUGGAUUUAAAAUACCAAAACUUGAGUCACUUGGGUCACCUUACAUAUGAAAUGGGCAGG